AUGGCUCGCGGACCGACUGCGAAGCGGAGGCGCUUGAGUCCUCCUGGUGACAAAGAGGCAUCUGCAUCUCAGGAUGCUGAGUUGUACAGCGGUGCCGACGAAUGGGGCGUCGAACAAGACUACGAGCGUCGCCCGCGCAAAGCGAACAAAAAAGAUAACGAGCGCACCCGAUUGCCCAUCAAGACCUCGGAGGGCUUCGUUCACGCAGCCAAUGAGCCCGAGGAUGCAGGCGAAGAAACAGACAGCUUCUUGGGCACCGACGACGACGAGAUGGAGGAUGGUUCCGGAGACGGCGAGGAUAGCGAAGAGGAACAAGUCGAGAAGAAACCCAAGAUUCCUGUGAAGGUUCAAAUUAUGCAAGCCAAGGAAGACCUGGCUCGUAUCGCAACCCUUAUCAAUGAGGACCCCGAGGAGAACAUUGCGCUCUUCAAGACAAUGGCCGAUAUGGUGGACAAGGAGGACUCGCCCGUUACGGUCAAAAAGCUGGCACUGGCGGCGCAGGCCGCGGUCUACAAGGAUGUCAUUCCCGGAUACCGAAUCCGUCCUCUCACCGAUGAAGAUAUGCAAGGGAAACAUUCGAAGGAAGUGCGCAAGCUGCGGAAUUUCGAGCAGUCUCUCGUUUCAGGUUACAAGAACUACGUUCAGAAGCUGGCUGCUCUGGCGAAACCAGGCCGAUUCAAUGCGGCCACAGACCCGGGCUUGAAGAGCCUUGCCAUCAAUUGCGCCUGCACAAUGCUCCAGGCUGUCCCGCAUUUCAACUUCCGCAGCGAAUUGAUCAAGAUCUUGGUCAACCGUCUUGCUAGAAAGCAAGUGGAUGCUGAUUUUAUCAAAUGCCGGGAAACCAUGGAGGAUGUUUUCGCCAAGGACAAUGAUGGAGUCGUCUCUCUCGAGGCAAUUCGUAUGGUGUCGAAGAUGAUGAAGGCACGAGACUUCAAUAUUAACGAGAGCGUUCUGGAUACUUUCCUCCAUCUACGCCUUCUCGGUGAAUUUGCUAGAAAAGCAUCGCGUGACCGGGUAGACCGCAACGAGCCCGAGGAAGAGGCGACUCUUGGCAAGAAGCAGAAGCAGAAGCGCGAAUUCCGGACAAAGCGAGAACGGAAGGUUAUGAAAGAGCGCCAGGUUGUCGAGAAGGAUAUGAAAGUUGCAGAUGCUUUGGUCUCCCACGAGGAGCGAGACAAGAACCAGGCCGAGACCUUGAAGCUUGUCUUUGGUGUAUACUUCCGCAUCCUGAAGCAGCGUAUUCCUAACCUGAUGGGUCCCGUACUCGAGGGUCUGGCAAAGUAUGCCCAUCUCAUCAACCAGGACUUCUUUGGUGACCUUCUGGAGGCCAUGAAGGACCUUAUCGGCCACGCCGAGCGUGACGAGCUCGACCAAGCCGGCGAAGAUGUCUCCGAGGAUGAAGAAGACGACGAAGACGAGCGCCGCGAUGUCUCUGAAACUACGAAACGAGAUGCUCGCCGCGAGACCCUUCUUUGUACAAUCACUGCCUUUGCCCUGCUCGAAGGGCAAGAUGCCAGCAAAGCCGCCAGCACUCUCCAUCUGGAUCUGAGCUUCUUCAUCAAGCAUCUCUACCGCUCCCUCUAUGCCCUCUCCAUCAACCCCGAAGUCGAGUAUAACCCCAACACCUCCCUACGUCUCCCCGACCCGAAUACCGCCGAAGACCAUGCCGCUUCCCGCUUCAAGGCGAAGAACAAGGUCAACUUCCAGACCCCGAUGGUCCUGCUGCUUCGCUGCCUGCAGUCGGCCCUGCUAUCCCGCGCUCAUGGCACUCCGCCCCCAGUUCGUCUGGCCACGUUUGCCAAGCGUCUUAUGACGACCUCCCUACAGCUUCCUGAAAAGUCCGCCAUUGCCACUCUGUCGCUGAUGAAUCAGGUCUCCAAGCACCAUGCUCGCCGCAUCUCGCCUUUGUGGUACACGGAUGAGCGCAAGGGAGAUGGCGUGUUCAACGCGUAUGCCAAUGAUGUGGAGGCCACAAAUGUUUACGCGGGCUCUGUCUGGGAAGGCGAGUUGUUGCGUCAGCACUACUGCCCCCAGGUACGGGAGUCGGUGCUUGAUAUUGAGAAGAUGAUGACCGGCACUGGGACAAAAUAA